UUUUAUUUUAUUUUUUUCUAUUUCUUUUUUUUUAAAAAAAAAAAAAUAGUAAAAGUCAAGAAAAUAGAUCUUUAUUGUUUCCUAUAGAAUGGAAGAAGACUGUUUAAUUUUACAUUAUCAUGAUAUCGUUAUCCGUCAAUCUGAUUUAGAUACUUUAGCACCAGGUCAAUGGUUAAAUGAUACGAUGAUAGCAUUUCAUAUGGAGUUCUUGGAAAGAACAUUUGUACCAAAGGAUGCAAACUAUUUGUUUUUAAGGCCUGGUAUGGUUCAUUUAAUUACUUUUGCUCAAGGGGAUGUCAUGCAGUUAGUAUCUGCUUUGCCACCUAAUAUGGAUAAAUAUGAAGCUAUAUUCAUUCCUAUUAAUGAUGGGAAACCUUAUGAGGCAUACAGUGGAACACAUUGGUCACUUAUGGUUUAUAUUCGUCAAGUCAAUUCUUUUUAUUAUUAUGACACACUUAAAUUUAACAAUCUAAGGGAUGGUGAAAUGACAAGUAGAAGACUUCAACCUUUACUAAGACUUAAGGAACGAUCACAAUUUAUACCCAGUACAACACCACAACAAGGUAAUGGCUCUGAUUGUGGAGUAUCUGUAAUAGCUAUCAUUGAUUAUACAUUACACCAAUUACUUAAAAGUCGUGGACAAAAGGAACCUGUACAGUACAAUAAAAUUAUGAUGUUAAAGAGUAAACAUCUUUCUACACCUCAACAAGUAAGAGAUAAUAUAAAUGGUAUGAUUAAAAGACUUCAACAACGUUCAAAAUCUUCUCAUUGUUGUCAGUCUCAUCACAAGUUAAACUCUAUAAUGACAACAAAUGAUCUUAAUACCAUUUCUUCUUCUUCUUCUUCAACUACCUCUUUAUCCACUUUUACUUCUAACAAGUCAUAAUAAAUAAAACUCCAUUUUAAUUAUCCAAUCAAA